AUGGAAGCGGAAUUUGUUGCCGCUUCGGAGCAAACGCGUGAAUUACUUGGAUUUUGUUUUCGAAAUAUAUUAAGCGAAAUUUGGAUUCCGCCCCGACUGCCAUUGAUGCUGUACAUCGACAAUCAAGCCGCUAUCAAGCAGCUGGAUGGAAAUUCAUCUUCCUCGAAAGCCAAGCACUUCGAUAUGCGGCUCAAUUAUGUGCGGUGCUACUCACGACACGAGAUCAUAUCGGCGCAGUACGUCAGGACUGAAGUCCAGAUUGCCGAAAAUAAUGACGAAGGCCCUGGAGGCGGUCAAGCUUGCGUCACUGUGCAAGUUAAUGAGACUCGGGUAGGGGCAGGACUCAAGAAAGAGAAGGGGAUUAAUGGUGCCGCAGCCGAAGAGGAGUGUCAAAGGAAGAUUUGCACGUGGACAAGAGGGGGUGAGAUGCGGCUGACGACACUGUCUCUCUUUUCUGUCUGA